AUGGCCGACGUUCAGUCCAUUCGGGCGUUUGGCAAAGCCCGCUCAACCGUCGAGGGCAAACCCCUGUCUGACGAAGAAAUCAAGCAAUACAAUGAUUAUUUCAAAGCCAGCUGCUAUCUUUCUCUGGGUAUGAUCUACCUGCGAGAGAACCCUCUCCUUCGCGAACCCCUCAAGAGGGAGCACUUGAAAGCUCGUCUUCUUGGGCACUUUGGUUCAGCUCCCGGUCAAAUCUUCACAUAUAUGCACUUCAACCGUCUCAUCAAGAAGUACGACCUGGAUGCCUAUUUCGUCUCUGGCCCCGGUCACGGUGCUCCCGCCGUUCUUUCGCAAUCUUAUCUCGAAGGUGUCUAUUCGGAAGUCUACCCAGACAAGUCACAAGAUAUCGAGGGCCUCCAGAGAUUCUUCAAGUACUUCUCUUUCCCAGGCGGUGUUGGAUCCCAUGCAACCCCAGAGACUCCAGGCUCUAUCCACGAGGGAGGAGAACUCGGGUACUCUCUCUCUCAUGCCUUUGGCUCUGUGUAUGACUACCCUAAUCUCAUCGCUGUCACCAUGGUAGGUGAUGGUGAGGCAGAGACUGGUCCUUUGGCUACUGCUUGGCAUAGCAACAAGUUCCUCAACCCCAUUACCGAUGGUGCUGUUCUCCCUGUUUUGCAUCUCAACGGCUACAAGAUUAACAAUCCUACAAUCUUGGCCAGAGUCUCACACGAGGAGCUGAAGAACCUGUUCCACGGUUAUGGAUACACCCCUUACUUUGUUGAGGGAGACGACGUCGAUACCAUGCACCAGGCCAUGGCCGCAACGCUUGAGCACUGCGUCAAUGAGAUCAGGCGCUACCAGAAGGAGGCUCGUGAGAGUGGAAUAGCCACUCGCCCGCUGUGGCCCAUGAUUGUCCUUCGAACGCCAAAGGGCUGGACUGCACCCCGCAAGGUGGAUGGCAACUAUCUCGGAGGAUUCUGGAGAGCACACCAGGUUCCCAUUACGGACCCAUCGACAAACCCAGAGCAUCUCAAGAUCCUCGAGGACUGGAUGCGCAGCUACGAGCCCGACAGACUGUUUGACGAGAGUGGAAAGCCCAUCGCCUCAUUGACCGCUCUUACUCCACAAGGUAACCGCCGCAUGAGCGCCAAUCCUGUUGCCAAUGGCGGAGUUCUUCGAAAGCCCCUUAACAUGCCCGAUUUCAAGAAAUACGGUGUCAAAGUUGAGCACUCUGGCGCUGUCAUAGACGCUAGUAUGAAGAGGCUGGGAGUCUUUUUGCGAGACGUUGUUGCGGCAAAUCCUCACAACUUCCGACUGUUCGGCCCCGACGAGACCGAGUCAAAUAAACUGUCUGCCGUCUAUGAAGUGGGCAAAAAGGUUUGGAUGGGCGAAUAUUUCGAGGAGGAUGAGAAUGGCGGCAAUCUUGCUCCAGCAGGCAGGGUUAUGGAGAUGCUGUCUGAACACACCUGUGAGGGUUGGUUGGAGGGAUACAUCUUGAGUGGCCGCCACGGUCUGCUCAACAGCUACGAGCCGUUCAUCCACGUCAUCGACUCCAUGGUCAACCAGCACUGCAAAUGGCUCGAAAAGUGUCUCGAGGUGGAAUGGCGUGUCAGAGUCGCCUCCCUCAACAUCCUCUUGACUUCUGUUGUCUGGAGACAAGACCACAACGGCUUCACUCACCAGGAUCCUGGCUUCCUUGAUGUUGUUGCCAACAAGAGCCCCGAGGUGGUUCGAAUCUAUCUGCCUCCCGAUGGAAACUGCCUGCUUUCCGUCAUGGAUCACUGUCUUCGAUCCUCAAAUUAUGUCAACGUCGUCGUAUCCGAUAAACAAGAUCAUCUUCAAUACCUCGACAUGGAUGCAGCUGUUCAACACUGCACAAAGGGUAUUGGCAUCUGGCCCAAGUUCAGCACAGAUAUUGGACAGGAUCCCGAUUUGGUCAUGGCUUCGUGUGGUGAUAUCAGCACUCACGAGACGUUGGCCGCCAUCGACCUGCUCCUUCAGCACUUCCCAGAGCUCAAGAUCCGCUAUGUCAACUGCGUGGACUUGUUCAAGCUGAUUCACCCAAGCGAGCACCCUCAUGGUCUCAGCGACAACGAGUGGAUUAGCCUAUUCACAGCAGACACCCCCAUCAUCUUCAACUUCCACAGCUACCCAUGGAUGGUGCACCGAUUGACAUACAAGCGACCGGGAAGCCAGAACAUUCAUGUCCGCGGAUACAAAGAGAAGGGCAACAUCGACACCCCUCUAGAGUUGGCCAUUCGCAACCAGACGGAUCGAUUCAGCUUGGCCAUUGAUGCCAUCGACCGCAUGCCUAACCUGCAUAACCGGGGUGCGGCUGCCCGACAGGCCAUGUUGAAUGCGCAGAUUGAAGCUCGAAAUGAGGCGUUUGAGAGAGGUAUGGAUCCAGAGUAUUUGACCAAGUGGACCUGGAAGCGAGAUGGUUUGUGGAAUAAACAUGCAUAG